AUGUCGGACCGUUACGACCGCGGGUCGUCCUCCCGACGGCGGGGCGUGCUGUCCCACUGGGUACCGCUGCUGCUGACGGUUACUAUCGCGACGGCCGGCGUGGCGGCCUGGGCCUGGAGCCAGCGGAACCGCGACGACGAGUACGAGGAUGACGAGGACGAGACCAAGACGCCGACAGGCCAGACGUUGAUUUCCCAGCCCAACGACCUCGAUUACGACCACGCUGACUACGGUGAGAACCCUCCCUAUGGUGUGGCCAACAGCCACGGUCCGCCGCCGCGCGGUGGUCCUGAUGGCGCUGCCAUCAACCUGACGGAUGUAUCCAUGGCCUCGGGGGGGCCUCCGUCAAUUGCAGGCUGGAGCACACGCAUGUCGGGCGCUCUAGGCACCAACUCGACGCCCCAGCAGUGGGUGGGCAGUGCUAGCAAGGCCGUCUCGGCCGGCGUGGCCGCUGCUUCGGCCGCCGUCGGUGGUGCGCUGGCCUCGAUCCGCGAGGGCGACAAGGACGCCUACGCCGACCAUGAGACCUGGUCUGAGGAGGUCGACGCACGCAAGGAACGCACGUCUUCCGCGUCCAAGAGCACCUCUGGCCGGAAGCGCAAGACGGUGGCCCUGGUCGUGGCCGCAGACAGCGACCUGGACGGCUUCGACGACGACAGCUUCCACGAAUAUUCCUCCAUCCUCUCCUAUAUCCCCCGCCAACAUGACUUCUUCAGGGUUCGGAUCUUCGUGCUCAUCUACGCCCCCGGUCUCAAGGAGUCGUCCAGCCUGGAUCCUGCCGGCAACGGCCAGCCCGCAUCGCUGAGCUCGUCCUUUUCCAACAUUGGCGUCGAGCAGGCGCAGUCGCAGAAGGCGGACGACGACACGCCCCUGGCGGUGGCGGCGCCGCCGUCGGGCAACGCCGCCUUCAAUGCCGUCAACGCGCAGGCCCUCGCGCUGGUCGAGAAGGAGAGCGACAUUAUCCCGUUCACGUCGUCCAACGGCCACGCGCACAUCCUGCAUCUGCUCGAGCCCGACGUCGUGUACAUCCAGGAGUCGCUCACCGGCCACAAUGGCGCCGUAAUCAACCAGCUGCAGUCGUGGAUGCGCAACGAGGUCGUCGUCGUCGUCGGCGCCGACAGCGGCCACGGCGGCUUGGCCGACAGCGAGUCCGAGGCCGAGAGGUCGGCCAGCGAUCCGGCGCCCAAGUGGUGGCAGCGUGAGGACCGUGUGGGCCGUGGCCGCGGCGUCGUCGUGGUCGACAGCCAGCGGGUAAAUGACGACUGGACCCGGCGCGUGCAGGGCCGGGACUAG